AUGUCGAUCGUGAUAGAAUUGACUCUAGUGGAAUCAGCGAAUCCGGAUGAAGUGAAGGGACUUUUAAGCGAUUUUCUGAAAUCAUCACCACCUAUAUUCAAAUCAAUGAGUAUACGUUACGUACCACUUGAAAGAGAUAAUCCAUCUGAAGAACAUUUUUUCAAUUUGACUGAUUCGGUUGAAGAGUUGGGAUGUACAACUUGUUGCAUGGAAGAUGCCGAAGAACCUAUAAUGAUGUACUUUGAUACAAGUUUGUCUUCACCUAAUCCGAAUGGCAUUCUCUUCAAAGAUCGUUCUUAUACUAAUCAAGAAUCAAACAACACAUUUUAUAUGGAUUGCGAGAAUCAUUCAAACACGAUUGUGAAAGAAGAACUUUUUGCCUCGACUUUUGUGCUGAAAAGAGAGCCAUCGAUGGAUGUAUCUUCAUUGCAACAAUUUUACACAAAGACAACGUCAAAGCGAAAAUCGCUAUUAAAGGAGUUGCCAUUUUUCACCGAACGACCUGAAUUGAUUCAACAAAACGACGUGGGCACUAUUAAAGUGACGGAAAACUGUACCAUGGUCAAUACGACAAACAGCGACAUUCGUUGUGACGUUUCUACCAAUUCAAAAGAUGAGUUCACUCAACCGGCUGAACUGCUUGAAAAAUCAUAUACAAAGAAUGAAAUUGCUAACGUUUCAAACGGAGGACGGGUCGAAUUCGAAAACGAUCCUGAUGAUAAAAUUUCAAACAUUGAUGAUUCGUCAUCCGGUCGAAGUGCUUUAAAUGAGUUCGAAAAGGUUUUUACGGCAAAAGUACAAGAGGAAGAAGGGACUGAGAAGGAUUUGGAGGAUAUCGAUAACAUUUCAAACGGAGCAGUUGAAGAUUCCUCAUUUGAUCGAAGUUCGCUAUAUGAAUCUCAAAAUGAACCCGAAGAAGCCAAUGAGAACGAAGAUGAAAUAAACGAUGAGAAAUCACAAAGUAUUGAGGGAAAUUCUUCGGCGAAAAUAAAUUGGGAUAAUCUCGUCGAUGUGCUGGAGGCUGCAAAGCGAGGAGAAUUAACCGUGAAUGAGAAUAUGGCAAACGAUAGUCUGAUGGAUGCUGAUAUUGAUGACGAAGCUGGUCUUCGAAAUGCGGAGAUUUCAGGAAAUUACAAUUCCACUCUCGAAAUGCUAAAUUUACAUAGUGAGACACCCUAUCGGCAAGGUCGCUAUUGGUGGAAAUUGGUGAAAUGUUCGCAGUGUCCUCAUCUGAAAUUUACUCAGGCGAGGGAAGUUGUAACUCAUAUUCUAACCAAACAUGGUGGACAAGAUGUGCCGAAAAUGUAUAGAUGUCGUUUGUGCUCUCAAACCUCCUUCUACAGACACAACUUGUUAAAAGAACAUCUAAAGACGCAUUCGCUUCGAUUGUCUAGAUACGUGGCUAAUUCUUAUGUUGAAGAGAAAUGGCAUCCGACUACGUUAAUGAAAGCGCUCGAGCUGGCUAAAGAAAGUUUUUCAAAUGUUGCCCAAUCGAUUGAAAGAUACCUCAUAUGGCUUGUACGAAAUGGAAAAUUAGAUCAAGAUGCUAUGAAAGAUCUACGAAAAGAA